CCCUGGUUUUUGUCCUGCAUUUACAAACUUACAUAGAAUGAAGUCCGUGGUGGGUAGCUUUUAGCUGUCUCACUUUACUUUAUCCUCAGCUCCGGCCAAGUCGACUCCUUCGUGUCUCUCGAGCGUCUCAAAUUCCCACUUUUCGCAGGUCGUUUUCCGUUGAAAUUUCUACACUUUCAAGAUGCCUAACGCCAACCCGGAAAUUAAAUAUACUAAGUUGUUUAUCAACAACGAGUUUGUGGAUGCCGUGAGCAAGAAGACAUUCACAACUUUGAAUCCUGCCACGGCCGAGAAGAUUAUCGAUGUCGCGGCGGCUGAUAAGGCUGAUGUCGACCUGGCCGUCGAAGCGGCGAGGAAGGCGUUUGCGCCAGGAUCGGAGUGGCGUUCCAUGGACCCUUCCGCCAAGGGGAAGCUUAUCCACAAGUUUGCGGACCUAAUUCAACGAGACCGUUCGUACCUGGCGGAUCUUGAAUCGGUGGACAAUGGGAAGCCCGUGGGGGACUCGGACUUCGACAUUGGGAUGGCCAUCGACUGCCUCCGCUAUUUCGCCGGAUGGUCCGACAAGAUUCACGGUGACACGAUUCCAGUCGACGGCAACUUUAUGACUAUCACUCGUAAAGAGCCAGUUGGUGUGGUGGGUGCGAUUAUUCCGUGGAAUUACCCCAUUCUGAUGGCCGCCUGGAAACUGUCGCCCGCCCUCACGACCGGCUGCACGGUGAUCCUCAAACCCGCGGAACAAACCCCACUCACGGCGCUCUACUUGGGCGCGUUGGCGAAGGAGGCCGGAUUCCCACCGGGUGUGGUCAACAUCCUCCCAGGUCUGGGUCCCCAGGCCGGCGCUGCCAUCUCAGGUCACCUCAACAUUGACAAGGUCGCCUUCACCGGCUCCACCGACAUCGGACGCUUGAUCAUGGGCUCCGCUGCGGCAUCCAAUUUGAAAAGAGUGACUCUCGAGCUCGGAGGAAAAAGCCCGCUUAUCAUCUGCGCCGAUUCGGAUCUCGACCAAGCCGCUGAAAUCGCGCACGGUGCCAUUUUCAACAACCACGGCCAAAACUGUUGCGCUGGAUCGCGCACCUUUGUCGAAGCCUCGAUUUACGACUCGUUCAUCGCCAAGGCGAAAGCUCUGGCGGAGAAGAGGAAGGUUGGCGACCCCUUCGGCGAUGGUGUCCAGCAAGGCCCGCAGAUUGAUGAGACGCAGUUCAAGAAGAUCCAAGACCUGAUUGACUCAGGGAAGAAGGAGGGCGCGACGUGCGUGACGGGUGGGGGUCGCUGGGGCGAGAAGGGCUACUUCAUCCAGCCCACGAUCUUCGCCGAUGUCCAGGACAACAUGAGAAUCGCCAAGGAGGAGAUCUUCGGACCCGUCCAGUCCAUCUUCAAGUUCAGCGACAUCAACGAAGCCAUCGAGCGCGCCAACGCGACCAAGUACGGACUCGCGGCCGGUAUUAUGACCAAUGAUAUCAAUAAGGCGCUCCUCUUCGCCCAGUCCGUGCAAGCUGGGUCCGUCUGGGUCAACUGCUUUGACAUCGUGUUUGCCAACGCUCCCUUCGGCGGAUACAAGCAGUCUGGACAAGGACGUGAAUUGGGCGAGGUUUCCCUGAAGGAAUAUUUAGAGACGAAAACGGUCACAAUUGCACUGACGAAGAAGGUCUAAAAACUUAUUUGGAAUCAGCCAAUUCAUUUCCAAUCAAAUUAUCGUUGCCAAAUUAAUUCAAACAAGCGUCUUGAACUGCUUUUACGUUUCUAUUGAUUUCUAUUGUUCUAUUUUUCACGUUAAAAACCAACUUUUUCUGUUAGUAGACACAUUUCAGGAGUGGUUUAUAAAUUAAAUUAGUCCAAAGUUUCUCUAGUUUUUGUAGACUUGAAGAUUUUCAAAUUUUGAAGGAUAUUUAGUUUCCAAAUAAUUCUGGCUUUAGAAUAAAUAACAUUCUUCUAAAAAAUCA